AUGAUGCAACUCAGCGAGUCAGAUGGUCCUCCCCUCCUUGAUACUACCUUGACAAUCAAUGGUCUGUUCCGUCAGACGGUCCUGCAUUUCUCAGACACAGUCGCCCUCGUUUGCACUCACCAGCCACGGGACUUGUACGGAGUUCCGAGUCUCCCUCUUUGCGAUGAUGGGCAAGAAGCACCUUACCUCCGAUGGACCUAUCGAGAUCUCGACCGUGCAAUACAACGGUUUGCGAAUGGACUGAGAAGGCGCGGACUUCGAAAGGGAGACCCGGUGUUGAUGUUCAUGACAAAUACUGCCGAGUAUGUCAUCGCUACAUGGGCUGCGUAUCGUAUUGGCUGCGUACAUGUUCCAAUCAACCCUAGAAGCUUGUCGCAUACCCGCGAGGUCCAACACAUGUUGCGCACCACGAUGAAGGGUUGCAAUACCAAGUCCAUUGCGACUAUUGCGGGCAAUGCCGAUCUGUGUCCACAAAUUGAGAAGUUGACAGCCGGGGUGCCCUGCAUGAAGAUAUUGGUUGACGGCCUAGUUGAUGGAUGGAUACCAUUCGAAGACUUGAUGGAAGAGCCAACAAUCGCUGGGAAGGAUGGACAGUGCGAUGGUAACGACCCAGAGCCAGGGCCAGGGCUUUUAGGAUCCUCGAUAUUCUUCACCAGCGGAACUACCUCUCUUCCCAAAGGCUGUUUCGUGCAAACGUCGUCAUAUCCUUUCACAGUUGCCACAAGUUGGCGUCAAAGUUGGCAGCCAAUGUUGCCCGGUGACAGGGUUGCACUCGCACUUCCGAACAACCACGCCUUCAGCUAUAUGUGUCUCAUGUCAUCUUUCGUAAAUGCAGCUACCAUUGUGUUUCCGGGAUCUGGCUUUGUCCCAGAGACUGUGAUUCGGGUCCUCCACCAGGAACAGUGUAGUCAUACUGCGUUUGUGCCAACCAUGAUCCUUGCAUUGAGUGGUGUCUCUUUAGCCCCUGGCCAGAAGCUUAACUCCCUACGACGAGUAUUAUUAGCGGGAGCUCCUCCAACCGAAGAGGUCAUCAGAAUCUGUCUUGAUCAUCUUGGUGCAUCAGGAGUCGAAAAUCUGUACGGAAUGACCGAGGGUGUCCUCGUAUCCUCUAAUGUGGUCGGAUGUGCCAAUGAUAUCAUCAGCGGAACAGAUAUAUCGAUUGGCUCUCCGUUGCCAGGUUCGAAGGUCAGAGUUUGCGCUGAGGGAAACCGUACCCCUUUGUCUGUCGGAAUGGUCGGAGAAGUGCAUUUUUCCGGGCCAAGCUUGAUCAAAGAAUAUAUAGGACGAGCCGAUGAUGAUAAAUUCUAUAUUGGAGAGGAUGGUCGACAGUGGUUCUGCACCGGAGACAAGGCGGUGCUGGGCAACGAUAAUCGGUUUUAUCUGGUUGGCAGAUAUAAAGACACGAUCAUCCGCGGAGGUGAGAACAUCGAACCAUCCGCCAUCGAAGCUGUAUUGGGCCAAUUCUCUGAAUUUCAUUGCCUUGAACCUCAGAUCGUCCGAGUACCAGAUCAUGUCGCCGGCGAGCUUCCUGUUGCGAUUGUGAAUCAAGAAAUAGAUCAAGAUACGGCACGUCGAGUCAGGAACACUAUUUUGGAGAAGAUGGGAGCGCUCUACGUCCCGGUGGACGUGAUAUCAGUGCAGUCUCUGGGAAUAAAUGUUUACCCCAAGACCCUCGCAGGCAAAAUCCAAAAGCCGAAACUGGAGAAAUUGAUGAAGACAUACUGGGAGGAGCAUCGAUCUCACGCUCGUGACAAACUAGACCCUUUUCGCAAAUCACGGGUUACUCAAGGAUUAGCAGCUUUGAUCAAUGAUCUCACACUCAAUCCCAUGCAGCGGAAGAUAUGGCAGGAUACGGCACGCAGAGUCUCGUUCUCUGACUGGGUGGCUGCUGAUGGUCCUACCAAGCAGGCUCAGUCGGCUAACGAGGCUCAACCAAACCAAGACACAUACCAUCCCAUGAAUUCAAGUGACAGCCAGAAUAUUGUUGAGCCAGCUCUAGGCUCACAGGUCAUGGAAUCAUUGCUCGCAGCCAUUGUGGAAGAAAAAGGAACUCAGAUUAACCCAGCUACUCGAAUGGUUGAUUUGGGGGUGGAUUCAAUAUUAUCCAUUACAAUCCUCAACCAAAUUAAAACGGAAACAGGCUUCUCACUCCCAUCUUCCCUAUUUUUCACCCAAAAGACGAUUGGGGAAAUCGUUGACAGUUUAUGUUCGAUCUCGAGCCCAGAGGAGCUUCUCGAUAUCACCGCCUCAGCAGAAGAAGCACCUCGCGACACAUGCUUCUCAACACUUCUCCAAGGCACACCAAAGCCUGGAGUCCCCUCAUUGUUCCUCACACCUCCGGGUUCAGGAUAUGCUUUCUCAUAUGACGCACUUCCCAACUUUGAAGAUGAUUUUGCGAUAUACUCCUUAGGAUCUCCAUUCCUCAUGACCAAGGACGAGGCUUCAUGGACAGUGGAAGAAGCCGCCGCUUUAUACGUCAAGACCAUUCGCAAUCUUCAAGCGCAGGGACCAUAUAUUCUCGGCGGGUGGUCUAUGGGUGCAAUCAUCGCCUAUGAGAUAGCAUAUCAACUUCACCAACAGGGGGAACAGAUCCUAGGGGUCAUAAAUCUCGACAUGCCAAUCCCUAAACCACAUCCCGAUGUUCUAGAGCCAACUGUCAAAUUGCUUGAAAUCUUGGGCUUCUAUCCCCCAAUUCGUCGCGAAGGAAAGCCCGAUAUGGAAAUACCUUCCUAUCGACGACAGCACAGUCUCUCGUCGGUUCUUGCAAAGAUGAGAUACUCGCCUCGACCGAUCAAUACGCCCGGGAAUGUGACUCCAGUGCCCAUAUUCGUGAUAUGGGCGGGGCAUGGUGACCCCGACCGGCUCCCAGUCGUGCUGGCUGAAGCAAAUGAGCUAUUGAAAAGAUAUGGAUCCCAAACUCAGAAGAGAACUGGACAGGAGUGGUUACAAAUACCACGUGAAUCAUUUGGCCCGGGUGAUUGGGCGGAAAUGGUGGGAGAGGAGAACGUCGAGUGUCAUGUCAUAGACCAUGCAGCACAUGAUUCAAUGAUGGAUCCAGAAGUGGUGCCAUAUGUGGCGGAUUUGAUGCAACAAGCCAUCAAGGGGUGGAUGGAAAAAUCCAUGUCUUUCGGCGAGCAUUCCCGAUAA